UAUUGCUUUAUUUCAAGCAAUGGUACAUUUAGUAUCAGUAAUCUCAAGAUGACUGAUAGUGGUGAAUAUGCUAUGGAAAUCUUUGAUUCUGAUGGAAAGAAGAAAGAAUAUCGAAGAUUUAAUUUGUCUCUUGAAGCUCCUGUGACCUCUGUCCAACUGUUUGCUGAGUGUUUGUCCCAAGGACAGGUGAAUGUGUCCUGUCUUUCUGAAGGAGGGAAUAAUCCUCAAUACAGUUGGACUCUGAAUGGAAAGGAACUGUCAAACCUUGAGCUCCUCUCUGAAAAUACUCAGUCUAACACCAUUGUCCUGAAACCAAACGUUGCAGGACGCCUGGUUUGCUCAGUCAGGACUAAAGUCGGUUCUCUUCUCAAAGAGAAAAUCACAUCUUCCUGUGACUUUGUAAACUGCACUUCAAAUGGUAUACGCAUAUCUAAGUGGGUGUUUAAAGAAAAUAACACUCUGUGUGUUGAACCUUCACCAGAGACACUGAACAUCAUGGCACUAUUGCCAAUAAUAAGUGGCGUACUUGGAGCUCUGUUAAUUAUCCUAGUUGUCAGCAUCGGAAUUUUCUGUGUGAAGAGGAAAAAAACAAACCACAAAGAAGAAAUUAUUUAUGACAGAAAACAGACCACUGCUGAUCAGGGGAGGAGGCGACAGGAGCAGAGCGGAGAUACCAAAGCGGAGUAUGGCAGAGUUAAAAAACAACCGAGGUGGUCUGAUGAUGUGAUAUAUGGAAAUAUGGACAACAAUUUGUAUGGAAAUGUGGAUGAGAGUAUCUAUGCAAAUCUCUGAAAAAAAACCUAUGUAAGCAAUUUAGGAAGUUUACAGCGACUGCAAAACAACAGAAACUAGAAGAAUGUGAAGCAAUUUCCAUCCAAUCAUCCCAUCAUCCAUCCAAUCAUUCAUUUAUCCAUCCAUUCAUCCAUCCAUCCAUCCAUCCAAUCAUCCAUCCAUCCAAUCAUCCAUCCAAUCAUCCAUCCAAUCAUCCAUCCAUCCAAUCAAUCAAUCAAUCAAUCAAUCAAUCAAUCAAUCAAUCAAUCAAUCAAUCAAUCAAAUUUUAUUUAUAUAGCACAUUUCAGCAACAAGGCAUUUCAAAGUGCUUUACAUCAAAAACACAAAACACAAAGUCAUGCAACUUAAAGACUAGCCUCAGUCCGGUUCUUCACUUAGGAUUCUAAUUCCGAGGACAAAAAGUUUUACUCACAGAGAGAGAUGAGCACCACUCACUCUUGUAUGCACACACACAACAGCAAUGACAUGGCAAUAAAAACCGCAGCAACAAACAAUUUUCUAUCAGUGCGAGGAUUCUUCCUUAUGGGAAGUCCUCAUAAAAUGAGGGACUCUAAAAACACCUCUCUUGUAGAUUUUAGUUGAACCACCCUCUGGGAAUUUAGUCAAGUUGUUCUGACAAGGCCUCCAACCUGGGAAUUUAGCUGAGAAGUAUCAGCUGGGCCUCCAACCCUUUGGUACUUUAGUCAAAAUACUAUUUGACAAGGACUCCAACCAAUCAUCCAUCCAUCCAUCCAUCCAUCCAUCCAUGAAGGUUUGCUGUGUAACUGAUUCUCAGGCUGUUCAGACUGCAUGUCUGUGUGCUGUCUUGUGGAUUAAAAUGUUUUGUUCCUCAUCUCUCUUCCUGUUACUGGUUCCGAGGAAACAAAUCUUUUUGGAACUAUGAAUGCAACAAACAUGCAUAACUGAGGAACUUAACUACUGUUCUGUUUUAUUUUGCUUUCUUUAUUACGUGCAGUCUUUAGUUUUAAGAUCCCUUGUGCUUUUAUGCUCUGUGCCUGAAUUUAUUUUUCAGUUCCUUCUUAAAUUUAAGUCAUGUUGCUCCAGUAUUUGAAUUUUAUUGUCACCUUUUACUUCAGUUUCCUUAGCAUGUCGCUGUCAUGGCUGACUCAAUUCACUCUGGUAAUCAUAUGUCUCAUUAUUUAACUCUUUCUCUUCUCAUCAUUUCCUAAAUGCCUGUUUGGUUUUCUCAUGUUCUGUAGGUUUUUCUUUUUUUCAUUAAAUUUCCACUAUGCCAGUCA